UGUCUGCGGCCGGCCCCCGGCGAAGGUCAAGAUGGAAGAGAUCCUAAGGAAGCUGCAGAAGGAAGCGUCCGGGAGCAAGUACAAAGCCAUCAAAGAGAGCUGCACCUGGGCCCUUGAAACCCUGGAUAGCGUGGAUACCAUUGUGAAGAUCCCUCCACACUUGCUGAGGGAGAAAUGCCUGCUGCCUCUCCAGUUGGCUUUGGAAUCCAAGAAUGUGAAGCUGGCCCAACAUGCCUUGGCAGGGAUACAGAAGCUUCUGGCGGAAGAGAGGUUUGUAUCCAUGGAAACGGACUCUGAUGAGAAGCAGCUGCUCAAUCAGAUCCUGAACACCGUGAAAGUGACGCCUUCCCUCCACGAAGACCUGCAGGUGGAAGUGAUGAAGGUUUUACUCUGCAUAACCUACACCCCAACCUUUGACCUGAAUGGGAGCGCAGUGCUGAAGAUCGCGGAGGUGUGCAUUGAAACAUACAUAUGUAGCUGUCACCAGCGUAGUAUAAACACUGCUGUGCGGGCAACUCUCAGUCAAAUGCUGAGUGACUUGACUUUACAGUUACGACAAAGGCAGGAGAAUACGAUAAUUGAAAACCCGGAUGUACCGCAGGAAUUCAGGAGUCAAGGGUCAACCGUAGAGUCCCUCUGUGAUGACCUUGUCUCUGUGCUCACUGUUCUGUGUGAGAAGCUCCAAGCUGCCAUCAAUGACAGUCAGCAGCUGCAGCUUCUGUACCUGGAGUGCGUUCUGUCCAUGCUCAGCAGUUCCUCCUCCUCCAUGCGGCUGCACAGAGGCUUCACGGACCUCAUCUGGAAAAACCUUUGCCCUGCUCUCAUCGUGAUCCUGGGCAAUCCAAUUCAUGACAAAACUAUCACCUCUGCUCAUAGCGGCAACACGAGUACCAGCAUCGAAUCGGACUCUGCGUCUCCAGGGGUUUCUGACCACGGCCGGGGGUCAGGCUGCUCCUCCACCGCACCAGCCCUCAGUGGGCCCGUGGCUCGGACCAUCUAUUACAUCGCAGCUGAGCUGGUCCGGCUGGUGGGGUCAGUGGACUCCAUGAAGCCCGUGCUGCAGUCGCUCUAUCACCGCGUGCUGCUUUAUCCCCCACCCCAGCACCGGGUGGAAGCCAUCAAAAUAAUGAAAGAGCUACUUGGGAGCCCGCAGCGUCUCUGUGAUUUGGCAGGACCCAGCUCCACUGAACCCGAACCCAAAAAAAGAUCAAUUUCAAAACGAAAGUCUCAUCUGGAUCUUCUCAAACUCAUCAUGGAUGGCAUGACUGAGGCGUGCAUCAAGGGUGGCAUCGAAGCCUGCUAUGCUGCCGUGUCCUGCGUCUGCACCUUGCUUGGGGCCUUAGAAGAGCUCAGCCAGGGCAAGGGCUUGAGCGAAAGUCAGGUCCAGCUGCUGCUUCUGCGCCUGGAGGAGCUGAAGGACGGGGCCGAGUCGAGCCGAGACUCCAUGGAGAUCAAUGAGGCUGACUUCCGCUGGCAGCGGCGAGUCCUGUCCUCGGAACACACGCCCUGGGAGUCGGGGAACGAGCGGAGCCCUGACAUCAGCAUCAGCGUCACCACGGACACGGGUCAAACCACUUUGGAGGGAGAGUUGGGUCAGACCACACCCGAGGACCACUCCGAAAACCACAAGAAUGGCCUCAAGUCGCCAGCCGUCCAGGAGGGCAAGGAGCCUCUGAGUAAAGUGUCAGAACCGGAAGCCGUGGACCAGCCAGAUGUGGUUCAAAGGAGCCACAUGGUUGCCUACCCCGAUAUAACUAACUUCCUGUCCGUUGACUGCAGGAUGAGGUCCUACGGAUCCAGAUACAGUGAGAGCAAUUUCAGCGUAGACGACCAAGACCUCUCUAGGACGGAAUUUGAUUCCUGUGAUCAGUACUCGAUGGCAGCAGAAAAGGACUCGGGGAGGUCUGACGUGUCGGACAUCGGGUCCGACAACUGUUCUCUAGUUGAUGGGGAGCAGACCCCUCGGGACUGCCUGGGCCACAGGUCCCUGCGGACUGCGGCUCUGUCUCUCAAACUACUGAAGAACCAGGAAGCCGAUCAGCACAGCGCCCGGCUGUUCGUGCAGUCCCUGGAGAGCCUCCUGCCGCGCCUCCUGGCCCUGCCCAGCGUGGAAGAGGUGGACUCGGCCCUCCAGAACUUCGCCUCUACCUUCUGCUCAGGCAUGAUGCACUCCCCGGGAUUCGACGGGAACGGCAGCCUGGGCUUGCAGAUGCUGAUGAACGCGGACAGCCUGUACUCGGCCGCGCACUGCGCCCUGCUGCUCAACCUGAAGCUCUCCCACGGCGACUACUACCGGAAGCGGCCCGCCCUGGCGCCAGGCACCAUGAAAGAGUUCAUGAAGCAGGUUCAGACCAGCGGGGUGCUGAUGGUCUUCUCCCAGGCCUGGAUCGAGGAACUUUACCACCAGGUUCUCGACAGAAACAUGCUCGGAGAAGCCGGCUACUGGGGCAGCCCCGAGGACAACAGCCUUCCCCUCAUCACCAUGCUGACUGAUAUCGACGGCUUAGAGAGCAGUGCAAUUGGAGGGCAACUGAUGGCCUCAGCUUCUAUGGAGUCUCCUUUCACCCAGGGCAGGAGAAUUGAUGACUCCACAGUGGCAGGUGUGGCAUUUGCUCGCUACAUUCUGGUUGGCUGCUGGAAGAACUUGAUCGACACUUUAUCAACCCCCCUGACCGGCCGAAUGGCGGGGAGCUCCAAAGGGCUGGCCUUCAUUCUGGGAGCUGAAGGCAUCAAAGAACAGAACCAAAAAGAACGGGAUGCCAUCUGCAUGAGCCUCGAUGGGCUGCGGAAGGCAGCACGGCUGAGCUGUGCUCUAGGAGUUGCAGCCAACUGCGCGUCAGCCCUCGCCCAGAUGGCAGCUGCCUCCUGUGUCCAGGAAGAGAAAGAGGAAAGGGAAGUCCAGGAACCCGGUGAUGCCAUAGCACAAGUGAAACUAAAAGUGGAGCAGAAACUGGAGCAGAUCGGGAAGCUUCAGGGGGUAUGGCUGCACACAGCCCACGUCCUGUGCAUGGAUGCCAUCCUCAGUGUCGGCCUGGAGAUGGGCAGCCACAACCCGGACUGCUGGCCACACGUGUUCAGGGUGUGCGAGUAUGUGGGCACGUUGGAGCAUACCCACUUCAGCGACGGCACCUCUCGGCCCCCACUGACCAUCAGCCAGCCUCAGAAGACCCCCAGAGGCGGACUCCUCGGGGACCCGGAGAGCGAGGGCUCACCCCAAGAGCAGAGCCUGGAGCAGGGGAGCUCUCUGAGCGCGGCCCCCGUCAUCCAGCCCCUCUCCAUCCAGGAACUCGUCCGGGAAGGCAGCCGAGGCCGAGCCUCCGACUUCCGUGGGGGCAGCCUCAUGACGGGCAGCAGUGCCGCCAAGGUCGUGCUCACGCUCUCCACCCAGGCCGACAGGCUCUUUGAAGAUGCUACAGAUAAGUUGAACCUCAUGGCUCUGGGAGGUUUUCUUUACCAGCUGAAGAAAGCAUCGCAGUCCCAGCUUUUCCAUUCCGUUACAGAAACGGUUGAUUACUCACUGGCAAUGCCAGGAGAAGUGAAAUCCACCCAAGACCGAAAAAGUGCUCUCCACCUGUUCCGCCUGGGGGACGCCAUGCUGAGGAUCGUGCAGAGCAAAUCGAGGCCCCUGUUCCACGUGAUGCGCUGCUGGAGUCUUGUGGCACCACACCUGGUGGAGGCUGCCUGCCAUAAGGAAAGACAUGUGUCUCAGAAGGCAGUUUCCUUCAUCCAUGAUAUACUGACGGAGGUUCUCACCGACUGGAAUGAGCCACCUCAUUUUCACUUUAAUGAAGCACUCUUCCGACCUUUUGAGCGUAUCAUGCAGCUGGAGUUGUGUGACGAGGAUGUCCAAGACCAGGUCGUCACAUCCAUCGGUGAGCUGGUUGAAGUGUGUUCCACCCAGAUCCAGUCGGGCUGGAGGCCCUUGUUCAGUGCCCUGGAAACAGUGCACAGUGGGGACAAGUCUGAGGUGAAGGAGUACCUGGUCGGUGACUACUCCAUGGGAAAAGGCCAGGCUCCGGUGUUUGAUGUAUUUGAAGCUUUUCUCAAUACCGACAACAUCCAGGUCUUUGCUAAUGCGGCCACUAGUUACAUCAUGUGCCUUAUGAAGUUUGUCAAAGGACUGGGGGAGGUGGACUGUAAAGAAAUCGGAGACUGUGUCCCAGGAUCCGGAGCCACGUCCCCAGACCUGUGCCUCCCUGCCCUGGAUUACCUCAGGCGCUGUUCUCAGUUGUUGGCUAAAAUCUACAAAAUGCCCUUGAAGCCAAUAUUCCUUAGUGGGCGACUCGCUAGCUUGCCCCGAAGACUUCAGGAGCAGUCAGCAAGCAGUGAGGAUGGAAUUGAGUCAGUCUUGUCUGACUUUGAUGAUGACACUGGUCUGAUAGAAGUCUGGAUCAUUCUGCUAGAGCAGCUCACAGCAGCUGUGUCUAACUGUCCACGUCAGCACCAACCCCCGACCUUGGAUUUGCUCUUUGAGCUGUUGAGAGAUGUUACCAAAACACCUGGACCAGGGUUUGGCAUCUAUGCAGUUGUUCACCUUCUCCUUCCUGUGAUGUCCCUUUGGCUUCGCCGUAGCCAUAAAGACCAUUCUUACUGGGACGUGGCCUCUGCUAACUUCAAGCAUGCCAUUGGUCUGUCCUGUGAGCUGGUGGUGGAGCACAUUCAGAGCUUCAUCCACUCAGACAUCAGGUACGAGAGCAUGCUCAACACCAUGCUGAAGGACCUCUUUGAGUUGCUGGUGGCGUGUGUGGCCAAGCCCACAGAAACCAUCUCCCGAGUGGGCUGCUCCUGUAUUAGGUACGUCCUCGUGACAGCGGGCCCCGUGUUCACGGAGGAGAUGUGGAGGCUGGCUUGCUGUGCCCUGCAGGACGCCUUCUCGGCCACGCUCAAGCCGGUGAAGGAUCUGCUGGGCUGCUUCCACAGCGGCACCGAGAGCUUCAGCGGGGAAGGCUGCCAGGUGAGGGUGGCGGCGCCGUCCUCCUCCCCCAGUGCUGAGGCCGAGUACUGGCGCAUCCGAGCCAUGGCUCAGCAGGUGUUUAUGUUGGACACCCAGAGCUCCCCAAAGACUCCAAACAACUUUGAUCAUGCUCAGUCCUGUCAGCUCAUUAUUGAACUGCCUCCUGAUGAGAAGCCAAAUGGACACACCAAGAAAAGUGUUUCCUUCAGGGAAAUUGUGGUGAGUUUACUAUCCCAUCAAGUGUUACUCCAGAACUUAUAUGAUAUCUUGUUAGAAGAGUUUGUCAAAGGCCCCUCUCCUGGGGAGGAGAAGAUCCAAGUGCCAGAAACCAAGCUGGCUGGCUUCCUCAGAUACAUCUCCAUGCAGAACUUGGCCGUCAUCUUUGACCUGCUGUUGGACUCCUACAGGACGGCCAGAGAGUUUGACACCAGCCCUGGGUUGAAGUGCCUGCUGAAGAAAGUGUCUGGCAUCGGGGGCGCUGCCAACCUCUACCGCCAGUCUGCCAUGAGUUUUAACAUUUAUUUCCACGCACUGGUGUGUGCUGUUCUCAGCAACCAGGAAACCAUCACUGCUGAGCAAGUGAAGAAGGUCCUUUUUGAGGACGAUGAGAGGAGCACAGAUUCCUCCCAGCAGUGUUCAUCAGAAGAUGAAGACAUUUUUGAGGAGACCGCCCAGGUGAGCCCCCCUAGAGGCAAGGAGAAGAGGCAGUGGAGGGCUCGGAUGCCCUCCCUCAGUGUCCAGCCCAUCAGCAACGCGGACUGGGUGUGGCUGGUCAAGAGGCUUCACAAGCUGUGCAUGGAGCUGUGUAAUAACUACAUCCAGAUGCACUUGGACCUGGAAAACAGUAUGGAGGAGGCACCGAUCUUCAAGAGCGACCCUUUCUUCAUCCUUCCCUCCUUCCAGUCGGGGUCAUCCACCCCGUCCACUGGGGGCUUCUCGGGGAAAGACACACCUUCCGAGGAUGACCGCAGUCAGACCCGCGAUCACGCGGGCGAGCCGCCGAGCCUGAGGGGGACCAGCGGGGAAAUGCUGCUGCUGCCCCCGAGCCCCAAGGUAGAGAAGAAGGACCCCAGCCGCAAGAAGGAGUGGUGGGAGAACGCCGGCAACAAAAUCUACACCAUGGCAGCCGACAAGACCAUCUCAAAGCUGAUGACCGAGUACAAGAAGAGGAAACAACAGCAUAACCUGCCCACCUUCCCCAAAGAGGUCAAGGUGGAGAAGAAGGGAGAGCCACUGGGGCCCAGGGGCCAAGGCUCCCCGCUGCUCCAGCGGCCCCAGCACCUGAUGGACCAGGGGCAGAUGCGGCACUCCUUCAGCGCUGGCCCCGAGCUGCUGCGCCAGGAGAAGAGGCCCCGCUCGGGCUCCACCGGCAGCUCCCGGAGUGUCUCUGCAAGGGACGCCGAAGCCCAGAUCCAGGCAUGGACCAACAUGGUGCUAACAGUGCUCAAUCAGAUUCAGAUCCUUCCGGACCAGACCUUCACAGCGCUCCAGCCAGCAGUGUUCCCAUGCAUCAGCCAGCUGACCUGUCACGUGACUGACAUCAGAGUUCGCCAGGCUGUGAGAGAAUGGCUCGGCAGAGUGGGCCGUGUCUAUGACAUCAUUGUGUAGGAGACUCACAUUCCAUUCCCAAGGGGAUACACCAGGAGGGUUUAGAGUAUGUCUGCCAGUCCAGCUGAUAGCAUUUCCCCCCCACCAGCCCCCGCGACUCAGAGAACACCCAGUUGCUCCCUAACUAAUCAGCACUGGGGCCAUUCUGGAUACUAAGGUUGUAUCUGGAUGACACAAGUGAAACUCUAAAUUUGCACAUAAUUUCAGAAGACUCUAUAUUCCUGGACACAUUUCUAAAUCUUAUUUCCCAAUGCCUUUGCCUGCAAUAUUGUCCCCAAAUGAGUCACUUUCAAGGGCCACUCCUUUGAAAACAUUACAUUGAUCCAUCAUUUUAUUUAUUUAUUUAUAACUACAUCGGUCAUUUACUACUCCACCGGGUCUUAGUUGCAGCAUGCCUGCAGGAUCUAGUUCCCCGACCAGGGAUUGAACCCGGACGAUCCAUCAUUUUAAAAAAUGCAAUAGCUAAAGAAAUAUCUGCUGGUAAGUCAAGCUGAUGUACACACAGACAUGAUUACCAGACAUGAUUAAUUGGAGGAAGUACCAGACGUGAUUAAUUGGAGGAAGAUUUAUAUUAUGACUAUGAGUUCGGCAGGGAAGAAAACAGUUGGAAAAAUGUUAUUCUUGGGUGUCAUAAUCUUUAAAAUAUUCCAGAACAUUUCAAAAUUGUUCCUAAGUUGUCAAGAUUUUCUGGUUGGUAUUUGCCAACUUCCUCAUGUAAGGUACUAUUGUGCCUUCACUUCCCUACUUCUAAAGGAAGGAAAUUCUUUCAUGGCAGGACUUUAAGUCUGUGGCAUGGCAGCCUUUGACACAUAGUACUCAGUGGUAUUGGCUGAUACAGAUAGAGCCAAAUGACUUAAGACCGGCCCCCCUGACUGUCCCAAUAGUCUUUGCUUUUGUUCCCAAGCCAAAAAUGAAAAGGGAAAGAAAAAAUGGUGCCUUAGUUCCUUGUUGCACACACAUUUCUAUGCUCCACAAUUAUCUGAACAUAAGGUAUAACAUUUUGUCUUUAAGAAAACAAAACAGCUCAUUUUAUAUCAACACCCUUGGAAGAAAGGAACUCAAGAAUUCACCGUCCAAUGAACAGACUUCUCAGGGAAGGGAGCAGGAAGUGUGGGGUUAGGGAGACAGCUGGAAGGGGUGGGAAAGGAGGUGAUGAUGAAAUCAUUUUAAAUCUGAAAAUAUUAAACAACAAUCGUAUGAAAUUAUGGUAUCGUUCAUACACACUCUAGUCUCAGAAGAAAAUAAAACUACAGGAGAAAAGGACACAGAAUGAAGUUUAGGAAAUGAAGUUUUUCAGUUUAAAAUAUUUCUCCUCUCUGGCAAGUAGAUUUGCCCUCUGUUUGAGGUCUUUUAAUUCAAGCAUAUUUUAACCAGAUAUUUAUUUUCCUAAUUAUUACUAGAAAAUUAAUUUGAAAUCUUUAUCUUAUUAUUUACAGUAUAUUUAAUAUUUCUUAAAUUAUAAUAGUGAUUAAAACUCCUCAAACCCACUCACACACAUUCUAAAGAGUUAGUUGCUAAGAGAUAUGUUUUAAUUUUCCCAGCUUCUAAAAAUUAUUCGUAAUUGAGAAUAUUGUCCCUAAAACAUCAACUCUUAAGGGUGGAAGUAAGGAUUUAAAACUGACAGCUUUAUUCAGUGCUGGUAUUUGUAAACUUUGUCUUCCUUGGGAAUAUAUAACUAUCUACAAGGUUAAGAGGAAGACAGGGUUCCCUGAUUUAUUUAGGCAAUCUAAAAGAAAGAACCUUAUCAUUCGAUUCGCUAUGCCAUCUGGAGAUCACCACAGAAUUCAGAAGAUGUUUUUCCAGUUCCACAGAACACUCUUUGCCUUCAGUUUUUGCUCAUUAGACAAUAAUGCAAGUUUAGAAACAGAUCAACAAUUUGAUGUUAACAAGCAAUGAAUCGUUGGCAUAGCAAUAAGUUGUGUUCUAUACUUUAGAUUUUUUUUUUAUAUUUUGUAAGUAGAAUUGAAAGUUGGGUAGAUACUUCUUUUUUUUUUUUUUUUUUAACAAAAGCAGUACACCAUUGUUGUUUUGUUUCUUUUUGUAGCUCAUCUAAGGUUCAUUUCCUUGUGAGCUUCUGAGUAUUCCGCAGUUUACGGGGGUGGGGGGAGCUUCAACAAAGCAGAGUAUUAUCAAAUCAGAGUAAUUACAAAAUGUUUAUAUCUGGCAACUUUUUAUAAAGUAUAAAAAUUCAAAGGAAGCCAGUCUCAAUUCAUGAAGGUCAUGUCCUGGAAGUUGUUAACCGUUUAGAAGUCAGAAUUCAUCGUCUUGACAGAUUCUCUAUUGUGGGAUUCAUGGCUAGCUUAUGAAAACAAGUUUACCCCAUUCUGUAUUCAAACACUGCUCUAGUACCAGCCUAAUUAUGGGUCCCAAGAAUAAAAGAUGAGAGGAUGUACAUCAUUCUUUACCUACAAUUUUGUCAGAGGGUUUUCGUCCCUUCCCGUCAUUUUUUCUGUAGACCACCCCUCCGGCCCACAGCAGUCUUCAACCCACCUCCAUUCCCAACACACUGUGCAUCACAUCCAUGUCAGAUUUCAGCUGGAAAAUUAGCUAAGUCACAGUAAUACUUCUCAGAGGUGUUUGCAGUUUUCAAAAAGGACAUGGCUUGAUGCAAAUAAUCUCCGAGGAAUAGUACACUUCAGGUCAUAGAGAAGUUAGUCAGAUCUUCCCAGGGGUGAAGAAGAAAGGGACAUAUGUAAAAACCCUUAGUAGAUGAGUGGUCCCUCCCCACACUGCCCCAUCUGUCCCUCACUCUUCCUGGUGUCUCCAUUUCUGCCUUUCCCCAUCUCUUCUUUCAUUCCCUCCCAUGGUCUCUGAAAGACCAAGGUCAAGACAAGCCUUUGUAGUUACAACGGCUAUUACCAUAUAUUUUCAGAUCUAAGCAGAAUAAGAUUUUUAUUGCUUUUAGUUGCCUGUAUCUACUGCCAAAAGUGUGUUACCCUCUGGUUGAGAUUUAUUCUUUUUCUAAUAUUUUGGUAGUGUUCAUCUUUUCCAAAGUGAGGAAGCACGCUAGAAAACUCAAAGUGCAAAAGAAUUCCUGACUGAAUAGCCCAGCCAAGUACACCACACUCUGCAACAGAUGUCUCCUUGCCAUAGGAGGACUUAGAUUUGAUGGAGGGCUAAUAAAUUGUUCAUAGGAUCUCUCCUACCUCUUGCAUCUCCUGAUCAGCUUUGACAGAUGCUUAGGCUGUCUCUUUACACCCUCUUGUCAUCUCUCCCCUUACGAUUAUUUUCCUGCCUUCUCCAUCAAUACAAAACUAGGGCAACUUUUACCACUUUUAGGCUGUUUAAUGACCAAGGCAGAUGCUAACAUAUAAAACAGCUCAGACUAAAUCAAACAUGACCAAAUGUUAUCAUAAUUCCAAAGUACCUUUAAAUUGAAACUUCUUGGUACAGCGAUCAGUAGGCUUUGUUGUUGCUGUUCUUGUUGUUCCAAGGAGAGGGAUUAUACAGAGUCAGUUGAGAGUCAAAUAGCCUUAACUAUAAGAAGGUAAUGCAAUUAUAGUAAUAGAUAUUUUUGACUUCCCCAAAUACAUCAUAGUACUGCUUAUGUAGGAAAGUUUUCUUUCUCAGAAAGAAAAAUCCAUUUGUGUCAGUCCCAUCAAACUAAGCAAAAUGAAGACCUCUGGGGCUUCCCUGGUGGCACAGUGGUUGAGAGUCCGCCUGCCUAUGCAGGGGACACGGGUUCGUACCCCAGUCCGGGAAGAUCCCACAUGCCGCAGAGCGGCUGGGCCCGUGAGCCAUGGCCGCUGAGCCUGCGCGUCCGGAGCCUGUGCUCCGUAACGGGAGAGGCCACAACAGUGAGAGGCCCGCGUCCCGCAAAAAAUAAAUAAAUAAAUAAAAAAUGAAGACCUCUGUUUGGAGCUGAUAACAAUAGCAAGAGGUUACAAACAGCAGUGGGGGGAGGUAACAUCAUUGAGUGCCUCUGAGAACGUGGACCUUUACCUACUUUUACCAUAUUUAAUUCCCACAAUAACACUGUGAAACAGGUAUUGUUGUCCUCAUUUUUUCAGAUGAGGAUGCAGACCCAGAGAGGUUCAGAAACUUGCCCAAGAUAACCCGUAAAUGGCAAAGUUGGUUGCAAAAGAGAUGUUCCUGAGUUCAAAGGCCAGGCUCUGUACAACACCAUGUCUAAGUGCACAGUGUAAACACUUCAGUGUUUCAAGGAAUUAAACAGUUAAAAUGAGUUGAAGAUAUUACAUUGAUGUCCCUAUCUAUAAUGUUAUGGGGAUUUUUCAAUAGGGUUAAAAGAAAAAGAUAGUGUUUAGGCAUAGUAAGGUCAUAUAUAACAUAAUAUUUUUAUGUUUGAAAAUAAAGAAAACAAAAUCUAAUCUUAAAGCAGAUCCUCAGUGGUAAUUUAGGAAACUCACCAAAUUAGGUGGACAUGAUGGAAUAAUAUUGUCCAUGGCCAGCUAUUAUGUGGAAAACCAUGACAGUCUGUGUCUGGAAUGACAGCAACAAUUUGUUGACCUUUACCAAUUACCAUUUAAUCACUCAGACUAAAGUGUCCUGUAGCCAACAGUGCCUCUCUACUUGAUUCCCCUGGAAGUAUAUAGGACUGAAUUGUAGGUCAUCAUCAAACUUUGGGAAUAUGCAAAAUAAAUGACCAUUUUUCAAAAUGCACAUUCUCUGAAGAAGCAGCAACACAAGAUUGCUUAAAAAUUCAGGUACUGAGGGCAUCAGGUCAAUAUGCAGAGUAACCACGUGCCAUGACACCUAAAUAUACUUGCCUUGUAGACAAGGAAACAGGCAGAAGGAAAAAUCCAACAUAAUGCAGUAAGUGAAUGACAAAACUUACAUCUGCUUGGGUACCAUUUAGGAAGACUUAGUGUGGCCUUAAAAAAGCAAGACUAUUUUUAAGCACUUUUUAUUGAAUAUAUGAGCUUGUUUAUGGCAAGAUUUAUGAAAUUGGGUAAAGAAGUCAUUUAUAAUUAUGCCUCAUCCAAAAAAAAUGUGCUCUCCUCCUUCACGAGUGCAGCAAUCUAGAAAAUGUUGUCUCUGUCUUUCGUGAGAUCCCUUUCCUCUGGCUGUAUUGUAAUAUUUGUAUUUGAUGUGGAAGUAACUAAUAAUUAAGGUUUUAGAUUAGAACACCAUUCAGAUUUCCAAAAUACAAUUAUUACUUCAGGGAAGAUAGACUAAAAAAAAAAAUCAUCCCCUGGGAUAAUGUAGGAGAAACUUACUUGAGAACAAUGCCUAAUUUCCUUGUAAAGAGGGGCAGUACUUACCAAUUGAAGAAAAACCCACUACCACACAGCUAGCACCAUCCAAAACCUUUCCCCUCUAUCUUUGUGUGAUAAUGCAAGGGGGGGGUCUAGGGAGGAGAGACUAGCUAGCUGGCCAUCUUAGUGACACAAACUGCGGUCAACUUCUGCUGAAUUCCAUCCAAUUACAGUCCUUCCAGCCUUUUCAACUACCAAAAAUUGUUUGUACUGUUAAUUCCUAUCCUGAACGUUCAAGUAGUGGUCGUCUCGUAUCUUUAGACGUUAGAACAGUUGUUGUCAAACUUUAGCACAUAUCAGAGUCACCUGGAGGUCUUGUUAAGGCACAGAUUGCCGGUCCAGAGCCCAGAGUAUCUGAUUCAGUAGGCCUAGAAAUUUGCAUUUCUAACAAGUUCCCAGAUGAGGCCAGUGCUGCUGGUCUGGGGACCACACUUUGAGGUCCAAUACCUGGAAAAAAUUUCUAACUACUCCCUUUAAGAUCAGCCUGACUUAUCAAGCAGUAGAGAAAAACCGAACUUCACCUUGGGCAGACAACUUGGAAUUGGAUUCUCUACAGCACUGCUGUUCAGUCUUCCCAGUUUCCAGGUUUAUUAUUUAUUAUUAUGCCAACAAUUGAUUUUUACAAGGUAGAAGACAAUGAAUGUAUAAGUUCUAUGGAACAGUGAGAUCAAUGUAAGCUUCUCGUCUUUGUAUUUAGAAACAUUAACUCUAUGGAUGACCUUUUGUAUCAUGUUGACUUUUUGACUUGUACUGAAGGUGAUUUUAAAGUAUGUAGGGUUUUAAUUUCUUCUGUCCAUAGUUUUGAUGAGAUGUUUCCAUGUUGAUUCCAUCACAACCUUGGCUCCUGGCUUCCAGAAAUUUUUGAGUAGUUGCUCGCUUGCCAGUAGUUUUAUAUCCCUCAUUAGUCACCAGAAUACCAGCACAUCAAGAUGAUACUAUACUACUUGAUGUGUCUUCAUCUUUCACUUAACUGUCUGGUGUAAAUUAAUAUUUUAAUUUCCUACAUAUCUGUAAAGAGUCUACCAAAUGGCUUCACGAGAAUUUGCAAGUGGAACCAACUCCCUUUUGAGCAGCACAUGUGCCUGUUUUAAGGACUUUUCAUUACAUAUGUUGUGUUGUGCAUGUAUCUACACAAUCAAGACCAUAUUCAUUAUCUCAUUUUCCAAAUGAGGAGAAAAAUGUGAAAGCGCAUCAGUAUGCUUUGGGAAUACAGUGAAAUCAUGUUAAAUAUAGAUGGGGCCUUAGUUUAUCUCUUAACUCUUUAUUCAGUUAAUUAGUUUUGGAAAUUUUUUUCCGUUAAACAAAAUAAGGACCACAGAGGUAAUAAUUCAAGAGAAAAAAAAUUGAGUACCUCAAACUCAUCUCCCCUGUAUAUAUACUAAUGACACAAAAUUUUUAUUGAUUCAGUUAAGUUUCUCUAAAGACUUCUGUUUAAGUAUCCUGACAUUAUUUAAACUGUUAUAUAAGUAGAAAGUAAUGACUAUAUUUACUAGAAUUAGUGAGAGGAGAAAGCACACCAGUGUUAAUGAUGUCAAGGAUUCAAGUCCUUGCCUCUGUAGACAGGAAUAAUUGAAGCUUUUCUACUGCAGCUUCAUUUCCCCUAAUCAUUUUUGGAAAUGAUGUGUGCGUUUUGUUUUUUUAAUAAUAACGGAUGUUGAAUUAAAUUUUAAAAAUUAAUCUCUAGUAAUCAUUUAUUUUUGUUUUACCAGCUGGUGCCAAAAAGGGGAGGAAGGAAUCCAAAAGCCAGUCUUUUAAACUAACAUGUAAAGUAUGUUUUCUCUUAAAGUUGGGAAGCUCACGGCCCUGGCUCUACCAGCCACCAAGUGGCCACCACGGCUGCCUCGUGACUAGGUACAGGCAACUUCGUGUGCCUCCCUCUCUCCUUACAUCCAAUUUUUGUUGGAAGUGGUCCUCUCCAAUAAAACUUGGUUUCCCACACAAUAGGUAAAACUGGACAAAGAUUAAUGCUUUUUGAUAUGUUUGGUUUCACUUCAAUUGAAACCAUGUGGUAGAAUUUCCAGGUAUGCUAUGAACGGGGCAGGAGCAGGUGCCUAGAGGGAAAGGCUGGUUUUGUUUGGUUUUGUUUCUUACUUUGUUUUUAGUGGAUGGGUGGGGAUGGGGGCAAGAAUAAGAAGUUUAUUGCCCUAAUCAUGCCAAAAACUGAUUCAAGAUGAUUUUCCUGCUGUUCUAAGAGGAAUAGACUUAGAAAAAUUACAUUAUAAUCGGUUCCCCUGCUACCAUCUCCCACUCUAAGUAAAGCCAAUGGGUGGUAAGGGUCCUUUUAUCCUUUCUUGUAUUAUGCCAAAGACUAGACUUGUUUUCACUGAAAAUUAUAAAUAAAUGAAGCUUGGUAUAGCCAUAAUGAUUUGAGUCCGUAUACCAUUUUAUCCAUAGAAUGCAAAACUCAUCCCUGCAACCCUAUUCACCAGGAGCCUUGAAGCAUUUUGUUUACUCCAAAGGACUUGUCAAGGAAGUAGUUUUUGUUUUGCCUUCUUUUUUAGUCAGUUUGGUCAAUUUAAAAAAAAAAAAUGAAAACCAC